AUGGCUAAUCCAUGUACAAUGACUGUGAGACAGUACAAUAGAGAGCAAUUAUUGGAUUGUAGAUCUGUGCCUAGAAGCUAUGUUAUACCAAAUGAAGAAACGUUAUCUUUGUUGAAAAAUUAUGGUAUUUUGAAAUAUAGAGGUAAACGAGCUGGCCAGCCAAGGAUUAAACAUAAUGGUGGUGUUCAUUUGGCAAACUUAGUUCAAAUUAAACUUGAUCAUACAUACAUACAAAAUGUCCAUAGACAGAGAAAAAUGAAACUUGCCACAGUUAAUACAAGAUCUAUACGGAAUAAAUCGGCAGAUCUUCUCCAGCAUAUCCUUGAAGAGAAUAUUGACUUUUGUUUAAUUACGGAAACUUGGCUACAGACUGAUGGUGAUGAUGUUGUUAGGGGUGAACUGGCUCAGGAAGGGUUCUGCUUUGAUGAUGUACCCAGGCCUGAUCGUAGUGGUGGAGGAAUAGGCCUUCUAUACAGAGAUAACCUGAAAGUGUCAAGCCUACCCAGCAAAUCGUAUCAAUCAUUUGAAUGUGCUGAAUGGCAAAUAUGUAUCCAAACAUUCAUACUUAGAAUCGUUGGCAUUUAUAGACCGCCAUAUUCUGCAAAACACCCGGUCACUCAAGCUACAUUCAUGACUGAAUUCACUGAAUAUUUAGAACAAGUAUUAUCUCAAUCUAGGUCCAUGGUAAUUCUUGGGGACUUCAAUAUUCAUAUGGACAUGCAAUCAGACUGCUACACCAAGCAAUUCCAACAAUGUUUGAAAUCAUAUGGACUUGUUCAGCAUGUGAAUACUCCAACUCAUUCUAGUGGGCAUAUCAUUGACCUGAUCAUCACAAAAAAGGAAGACAAACUUGCUAGUGUAAACAAUCUUCAGUCUAACUAUUACAUCUCUGAUCACUGUUUUGUUAGUUGUAAUAUUCAACAAUUCUGCCCCCCUUUGGUUACAAAAAACAUCAUAUCACGUAACUGGAAAUGUGUGUCGAAGAACUUGUUAGAAGCCGAUCUUGAAGAGUUAAACAGUUUAGCAGAAAAAUCAUCUACCGUGAAUGAACUUGUGUCUGAUUUCACAAAGACUGCAUCUGAUAUAAUUUGUAAACAUGCUCCAUUGAAAGAAAGAUCAAUUACUUUUAGACCCAAACUUCCAUGGUACUCUGGAUAUCUUAAGCAAUUAAAACAGUACAAAAGAUCAAUAGAGAAAAUAUACUUAAAGGACAGGUCAGAUCUCACAAAAAUAGUGUACAAUAAUGUAAGAAACUCCUAUACUGCGGCAAUAGCAUCAGCAAAGGAUGGGUUCUAUCAGAGUAGAAUCGGAGAGGCUGAAGGGAAUGUGAGGAAGUUAUAUAGCGUGACUUCAGACUUGCUUGGGCGUUCGAAAGAUAACCCACUUCCACCUCAUACCAGUGAGACGGCACUCGCAAACGAUUUCUUGCGUUACUUUAGUGACAAAAUCCUUAAACUUCGUGAUGAUCUGGAUAACAUAAACACAGAAACAUCAUCUUCAGUGAUUGAUAGUAUUAUGGCAUCUGAUGUACCAUCAAGUGAAAAUAUCAUGAACAAAUUUAUACCACUAAAUGAAAAAGACAUAAUCAAACUUGUGAGUGAAUCAAAAACAACAACAUGUGAGUUGGACGUUAUGCCAACACCAAAGCUGAAAGAAAAUCUUCAUUUGAUUGCACCUGUUGUGACAGAAAUCGUGAAUCGGUCAUUGUCUUCUGGUGUUUUUCCAGAGACGUGGAAGAGCGCUGUUAUUAAGCCCUUUUGA